ACGGCUUGAGCCUCUGAGAGGGUGGCGACGUCGGGCCAUGGGGCUGGGUCGGGUCCUGCUGUUUCUGGCCCGCGCCUUCCCUUUGACACUCCUGGGAGCCGCCGCUGAGCCUCACAGUCUUCGUUAUAACCUCACAGUGCUGUCCCGGGAUGGAUCUGUGCAAUCAGGGUUUCUUGUUGUGGGACAUCUGGAUGGUCAACUCUUCCUGCUCUGUGACAGGCAGAAAUGCCCAGCAGGGCCCCAGGGACAGUGGGAAGAAGCAGUCCGGAGAGCUGAGCCCUGGCACACAGAGAUCGAGGACUUGAUAGAGAACGAGAAGAACCUCAAGAUGACCCUGGCUCAUAUUAAGGGGAAGAAUGGAGCCUUGCAUUCCCUCCAGGAGAUUAGACUCUGUGAGAUCCAUGAAGAUGGUAGCACCAAGGGCGUCCGGCGUUUCUACUAUGAUGGGGAGCUCUUCCUCUCCCAAAACCUGGACACUCAGGAAUGGACAGUGCAUGAGUCCUCCGGAGCUCAGAUCUUGCCUAUAAACAUCACGAAUGUCUUGAAGGAAAAUGUAAAGAAAGCUGGCGCUGUGCGGGCAGACUGCCGGCAGAAACUGCAGGGAUAUCUGGAAUCCCUGGUGUGUGUCCGGAGAACAGUGCCCCCCAUGGUGAAUGUCACCCGCAGUGAGGAUUCAGAGGGCAACAUCAAGGUGACAUGCUGGGCUUCCGGCUUCUAUCCCCCAAAUAUCACACUGACCUGGCGUCAGCAUGGGGUAUCUUUGAGCCACAACGACCAGCAGUCAGAGGGUGUCCUGCCUGAUGGGUAUGGAACAUACCAGACCAGGGUGAACAUCAGGAUUCGCCAAGGAGAGGAGCAGAGGUUCACCUGCUACAUGGAACACAGUGGGAAUCACAGCACUCACCCUGUGCCCCCUGCUCAUGAGCCUGCAGGUCCUGGAUCAACACGUGGUUGGGACAGGAGACCACAGGGAUGCCGCACAGCUGGGAUUUCAGCCUCUGAUGUCAGCUCCUGGGCCCACUGGCUCCACUCAGGGCACCGAGACUCUGCAGCCAGGCGGCUAGGACUCAGCUCCCUGUCUGGAUCUCACCAGCACUUUCCAUCUUGGUGCCUCAGUUCCCUGGCCUAUGUAGCAGAGAACAUAAGAAUGGUGUCAUCUUCACCUCUGGAGAGAUCUCUGUCACUGUGUUCAGGGAAAGGACCAGCCUCACUCCCCAUGCAGAGAGGAGGCUCUGGCUGUGAUCCGGCCUGUGGAGGGAUGAGGACCCGCUCCCUCUACAAUGAUGGCCAAGAACCUGCAGGUGACAGGGCAGCUUCCGCUCAAGUGUGUCCUAUCAGGUUCUUCUAGGCAUCACAGAAUAGACCAGGGACAUUGCCUCCAGUGACAUGACCACACCCAGAAGUGAGGUGGCCCUGCCAGGGGGUCCUGGGGCUGCCACGUCUUUUGGGAUCUCAGUGUCUGGAGAGGGGUGUGGAGAGCAGGCUUUGUGCAAAACAUAACCGUGUCCUCUAAAUUAUUUUAUGCUCCAUUAGCUUUUUUGUCAUA